AUGGUCUCCUUCAAGCUAUUCGGCGGUCAGAUCCAAGACUGCAUUGCCCAAGUUCCCCCUCAGACAAUCAAAGACGUCAAGACGGCACAGGAGAACGUGCGCAAGUUCGCCGAGGUUCGGCGUGCCAGCAUCAAGAAUGUCGAGGUUGAGAUCCAACCGGGUGUCUUUCUGGGACACAGAAAGAAUCCCAUCAACAAACCGGGCGCAUACAUCCCUGGAAGCCGGUAUCCUCUACUUGCGUCUGCGCACAUGACCAUUACCACAGCCAAGGUCGCUGGAGUAAAGCAAGUCAUUGCCUGCACGCCGCUCAUCCAAGGGAAACUUCCGAAUGCCACUAUCUCCGCUGCUCAUUUUGCGGGAGCCGACGAGAUAUUUGUCAUUGGCGGCACGGAAGCCAUCGCUGUCAUGGCCAGUGGCACAGAGACGAUCAAAAAGGUUGACUUUACUGCCGGGCUUGGGGAUUACUUUGCCGCUGAGGCGAAGAGACUCCUCUUUGGAGAGAUUUGA